AUGGACGGCUCAAGCCUGAGAAGAAGAGACACAACCAAAGGAACACCGUUGCGCAUAUUAUCUUUAGAUGGCGGCGGGGUCAGAGGCUAUUCCAUGCUCAUCCUCCUCCAUGACUUCAUGCACAAAGUCUAUACCGAGAGCCACGACGGCGAACCUCCAGAACCAGACAGAAUACCGAAACCAUGCGAUUACUUCGACUUGAUAGGCGGCACCGGGACGGGGGGGUUGAUAGCCAUAAUGCUGGGAAGAUUACGGAUGAAUACGAAAGACUGUAUGAGGGUGUACGUACAAAUGACGCGGAAGGUAUUUGAAACAGACAAGACAAUAGCAGGGAUACCGUAUCGGUCUACGUUGUUCAAGGCGUCGCUCUUGGAAGAUGCGAUUAGGGCUUGUGUCAGGACAUUCGAGCAUGAGAAGGAUGCUGAGGAGUAUGAAGACAAAGAUAUGCCGAUGACACCUGCAAGCUAUGAUAGGCCGAUGAGCGUGAGAAGUGGGAUGGAGCGGAGUCCGACGAGUGCUACGACAGCGAAUUCAAGACACUUUAGCGGUUUCUCUUCGGAGGCGUUCUCGUCGUUGGGGAAUCCGAAUGCUUCAUUGGAAGACACGAGGAGAGAGAGGAGAUGCAAGACAGCUGUCACAGCCGUGCUGAAAGGGCAAUCAGAAAGGCACGGUACAAGCAUCCUCCUCCGGUCAUACCCUUCUCGGACACAACCAGCGGUCGAGCCAGACUGUACGAUAUGGCAAGCUGGUCGAGCAACAUGCGCAACGAAGCUUGCUUUCAAAGAAAUCAGGGUCGGCACCUCAACAUUCCAAGAUGAAGGCUACGGCCUGCUCAACUCAGACAAAUCGCCCACCUACAACCCUGCACCUCAGAUGCUCGAAGAAGCUACCUCAAACGAAUGGCCGGGACAGUCAGUAGGCCUACUCCUCAGCAUCGGCACCGGUAAAAGACCAGGCGGCACCCAUCUCCAGCAAUCUGAAUGGUGGGAAGGCUUCGCCGGCGGACUCGGCUCCUUCGCCGAAGCAAAGCGAAAACUCAUCGCCAAAAUCGAAGGCUGCGAAAAGACCCACAAAGAAAUGCUUUCGAUCCACCUCCCCAGACGCAGCGUGAAUCCCGACAACUACCUCCGCCUAAAUGUCGAAGUAGGCGUGGGCGAAUUCGGCAUGAACGAAUGGAACCGAUUAGCAGACAUAAGCAACAACACGCAAGCCUACCUCAACACGCCCGCCACAAAAGUUAUGCUUAACAACGGCGCCAUCCAGAUGGCGAAAGUAGAGGCCAUGCGGCGCCAAAUCGCAGCGAAAAUUCAGCGCGCGAAUCAGAGCUUCGACAAUAACAAUCCCCCGCCUCCCCAGAACACCAACACAGGCUACACGCCCCCAUCAGCAUUCGCAGUCGAACUCCCCACCGACGACGGUUUCGCCCAAGACGAUAAAUACGUGAUCGAAGCCUCGGACCAGUACCCCCACCCGCACCCUCAACCCCAACCCCAAUCCGGCGACGAUAAAUAUCUAUACCAACCGCCUCCCCCUCGAAGUAGCAACGAAUACGACAGUGGCAGGGUAGGUGCAGGUGUAGGUGCAGGGGUGGGGGCGGGGACGGAAGCACCACCUUUACCGCCCAAGACGCCGAUCAAUAUGCAGCAGGGAGGGCAUGGCGGACAGGGGCCUAGAAGAUACCAUUCCCAUCCCGUACACCAGCAGCAAACGGUGUUGCCGUAUCCGGAUAACGAUGGCCCGCCGCCUGCGGUUAAUAUGGCGCGGAAACCGCAGAUGGGGCGGUGA